CCUGCCUGCUCCUUGUCAAAUCCGCGCCUCGCUCCUCCCGCCCACUCUCCAGCGCCGCCGGUCGCCACAUUAAACCGCAACUGCUCCGCCGUCGCCACAUUAAACCGCAACUGCUCCGCCGUCGCCAAGGCCAUUAGAUCGUCGUCAAGUAGCCGCCGCCCGCCGGGCGUGCCGAUAUUGAUGGGGAGCGGGAGCGGAGCGGUCGUGUGGAGAGAGAUACUAGCGUCGUCGCCUCCGCCGGGAUUCGGCCGGCCGACCGGGGGAUUGGGCGCAACAGCCUCGGGGAGCCAGAGGCCGUCACCGGCCCCGGGAUUCGGCGCCGCGCGGCCGUCAUCGACGCAGUCCGGAGGUACCAAGUCUGCUACUCGUACCGAUAUGUUGGUCGACAUAGGAAUGGAAGCUGGCUGUGAUAAUCUUGAGGUUCCACGACAUGUUGGGAAUGGAAGUGCAUCCCCCGUGAAAGGCACAAAGAGGAAAUUUGUUGUUGAUGCAACCAAAGGUGCAUCACCUGGUGUUAAUGCAAGUAACACUGGGCAGCACCUGCAUUCCCGCAGAAAAGGUAAGGGUCCUGGGAAACAUGCAAAGCUGGAAGACAACAAAGGUGCUACUAGGUUGGGGAGAGAUCAGACACCAAUCGGCGUAUUUGAAGAUGAAUGCGUUUUCUGCCAUUCAUUUAGAACCAGUGAGCAGUUCCAUGGUCCGAUGGUACUGUAUCACAAUAGAAGGAUUGUGCCCAGUGACGAGGGCAUCCCUACCAACGCCAUCUAUGUCCACGAGAAAUGCAUGGUUUGGGCCCCAAAAGUGGAAUCCAAUGGUGAUACUUUUAAGAAUGUGGAGAGUGAAAUCAAUCGUUCUAAAAGAUUGAGAUGCAGAAGAUGCAAACUCCGGGGAGCAGCGCUUGGUUGUAUUGACAACUCCUGCAGAAAAAGUUAUCAUGUCCCAUGUGCAAUGAUGAUACCAGAAUGCCGCUGGGAUGAUGAGAAUCGCCGUGUUUGGUGCCCCAAGCAUGCACCACCUGAUCAGAUGAGCUCACCAACAAUGGAGAGUGACACUCUUUCCCCCGUCCUUCAAAAUCAUUCCAGCCAAUGUCCAGCUAAAGAAGUUUCGGUCGAUUUCCAAAUGGAAGAUGAACGCAUUAAUCCAUUACCGUGCGAUGAGAUGAGCUCACAAAUAAUUGAAAGCGACAUUACUUCCGCUGUCCUUCAGAGUCAUUCCAGCCAAUGUCCAACUAAAGAAAUUUCGGUCAAUUGCCAAAUGGAAGAUGAACACAUUAAUCCAUUACCGGGCGAUGAGAUGAGCUCACCAAUAAUUGAAACUGACAUUACUUCCGCUGUCCUUCAGAAUCAUUCCAGCCAAUGUCCAGCUAAAGAAAUUACGGUCGAUUGCCAAAUGGAAGAUGAACACAUUAAUCCAUUACCGGGCGAUGAGAUGAGCUCACCAAUUAUUGAAACUGACAUUACUUCCGCUGUCCUUCAGAAUCAUUCCAGCCAAUGUCCAGCUAAAGAAAUUUCGGUCGAUUGCCAAAUGGAAGAUGAACACAUUAAUCCAUUACCGGGCGAUGAGAUGAGCUCACCAAUUAUUGAAACUGACAUUACUUCCGCUGUCCUUCAGAAUCAUUCCAGCCAAUGUCCAGCUAAAGAAAUUUCGGUCGAUUGCCAAAUGGAAGAUGAACACAUUAAUCCAUUACCGGGCGAUGAGAUGAGCUCACCAAUUAUUGAAACUGACAUUACUUCCGCUGUCCUUCAGAAUCAUUCCUGCCAAUGUCCAGCUAAAGAAAUUUCGGUCGAUUGCCAAAUGGAAGAUGAACACAUUAAUCCAUUACCGGGCGAUGAGAUGAGCUCACCAAUAAUUGAAACUGACAUUACUUCCGCUGUCCUUCAGAAUCAUUCCAGCCAAUGUCCAGCUAAAGAAAUUUCCGGCGAUUGCCAAAUGGAAAAUGAACACAUUAAUCCACUCGCCACAUCAAAUUCUUCUUUGCCUGGACAUGUGCCUGGCCAAUAUUUAGUUAAAGGAGGAACAUCUGUCCUUCAUAGAAGGGAAGAUCUGCAAGUAGAUCAGCUGAACACCUUGAGUUCUUCCUUGCCUCAGGGCCUAUGUUCGGACAGAGGAAGAAUUUCUGCUAAUCACCGGAGAGAAGAAAAGCUAGUAAAUCAGUCUAGCACCCCUGUGGAUCAAUGGGUUUUGCUCGGUAUAUCUUUAAGUGCAUCAGAAAAGGAUUCCUUGAAGGAAUUUGCAUCCUUAACCAGUUCAACCUUGGCUCAGGAAUGGGACAAAAAUGUGACCCAUGUAAUUGUGGGCAGAAACGCCGGUGAUGCAUGUGGCAGAUCAUAUGAGGUCCUGAUGGCGAUACUCUCUGGGAAAUGGGUUGUCACAGCCGGAUGGAUUGUGGAUUGCUUGGUGGAACCGAUUCCAGAUCUAAAAACUUGCUUGGAAAAGCCGAUCCCAGGCCCAGAAAUUUCGUACGAGAUGAAUUUCUGUGAUGGUUCAUGCACAUCAGGUUAUGGACCAAUGAAAGGAAGAGCUAGAGCUGCUGAACGGGCACCAAAACUGUUCUCGGGACUGCAUUUCUGCCUCAGCGCCUACAUAGACCCUGAAGACAGAGAAACCAUCCAAAGACUCGUAGCAGCUGGUGAAGGGCAAGUACUGGAGGGAAUCAGCCCAGACCGGUUGCACGAGAAUCUGAACAGGAAUCCAGCGGAGGUGUACUUCAUCUAUGACAGCGGCCCUCCAAGGAAGAUCACUUUGGAUUUCGAUCUUAUCCUUGGCAAGGAGAUUCAGGAGAGCGUCGAGUACGCGAAAUCGGGAGCACAGGUGAUCAGCCACAGGAGGCUGCUCGACGCUAUCCUGUGCUACGAUGCGCGGAUCCUGGAACGGAGGCCUCACCAAGAUAUGUGAGUGAAGGGUGCGCUUCAGGCAGUGGCUUUUCGCUCGCCUUACCAGAGGUUUUUGGGUUCAGCCCCCCACAUGAGUAGCGAUGGGGGCUGUCGAAAGUUGACGAAUCACACACUCUACUCACCCGUUAGGCUAUAGGGUGGUGUGUUUGUUGUUGUUCUGGUGCUGGAUUGCUCGUUUAGCAGAUUUUUAGUACUCGAUCCAGACGGUAGUUUUGCGGUGUGGAAGGCACUUGUCGUGAAAUGGUUGUACUUUUUUGGCGGUGACUGAGACCCCCGUUGGGCAGCAUCAUAUGUUUGGAAUUGGAUUGUCAACUCUGAAGAAGUCA